UAAUUUCGCGACUCUAAUACUCAGUUUCAUUAACAUCUUUGACAAGUAAAAACAUGGAGAGAAGGGCCGAUCAAAUUAAAAUUAUUAUUUUAUUAUUUUCCAUUUUUGUGACGACAUCUGCAAACAAUUUCGAUCAUUGUUUUGAUAUUUUAGACAAAUACUCUAAGAAUCAAAUCAAAAAUAUCUAUAGUUUUGAUGUUGAAAAAGUGGCAAACACUUCCCCAGCUAAUGAAAUAUUUGAAUGUUAUCUAAAGGAAACACGAGAAAGUAGCGUUAAAACAAAUGCUGAAAAAUAUUUCGAUGUAUUUAGAAAAUGUAAUGAAUACAAAAAACAACAAUUGCUAUAUAUAGAAUUACACCACAUUGAGGAGCUUACUAAAAUGGGUUUACCUUUAUAUUUGGAACAACGAGCUGUACGUCGCAUUGAAGGUGGAGAAGGAAAUGCAAGUGAAAUUUUAAAAUUAAUUCAGAAUGAUUUGUGUACUAAGAUUGAGAUGAGUGAUCAAUAUACGGAAUACAGGAGUUUGGUACGUGUCAAACUGGAAACGGUUGAGAAAUCUGGCAAAAAUUCAAUUGCCAUACAUUCUUCAAUCGUAUUUAUUGUUUUAAUACAUUAUUUAUUUAAUGUAUUUUAAAAUUUUUGAAUUAACAAUUAAAAUAUGCAACUACAGUGUACAACUCAGAAAUGUUCAGUUAAGCCCCAUUGUCCCUGGCAAUGAGUCAUUUUAUAAAGGCGAUAUUUUCCUACUUAAAGUAAUAUUUGAUUAAGAUCAAAAAUUGUGAUUAUCUCUACCUCGUAUAUAAAAAUUAUAUGUUUAUUGAUGGUUAAAAUAGGUUUUCCCAUAAAUAUUGAAAAUUGAUCGUUAUAUUGAUAUAAUGGCGGAUUGACUUAAACAAAUUUGAUUUAUAGCUUUUAGUAUUCAAAUAAUUUAUACUGUAAAAUUAGAUUUAAGAAAUAAAAUUAAAUUUUUACUCUUGAAAAGGCCGAA